AUGCGCUUCUUUGCUCAGUUGUCAGUGUUGCUACUUUGGUGCUUGGUACCGGCCAGCAGUGCUCAUCAAGUCAACCGACGCCAUCAUAAUGGAAAGCGUCUAGAUUCCGACCUCGCCGUUCGCGAGCCAGGACAUGUUGAUAUGUACAAACGCGAUUUCACUAAUGCCCGUUUCACAUUCUAUGAUGUCGGUCUGGGUGCUUGUGGUACAACAAACCAACCCGGCGAUAUGGUGGUUGCAAUGAACACAAUGCAAUUUCCUGGAAGUUGCUACCAAACGAUCACGAUUACCUGCAACGGCAAGACAACGCAGGCUCAGGUUGUUGACGAGUGUAUGGGAUGCCCCUUUGGGGGCCUUGAUUUUUCAGACGGCCUUUUCCAGUUUUUUGGUUCACUUGCUUUGGGUGUGCUCGAGGGUUCAUGGUCCUUCGGUAGUGCUCCCGCGCCGGCACCGGCACCAGCACCUAGUACAUCCAUCUGGCAACCACCCCCGGCGCCAACCACUACCUCGCUGCCGCCGCCGCCGCCGACUACAACUUCGACCCCGCCUCCUCCACCUUCGACAACCCCGACUCAGAGCCCUACACUGUCCCUAACUUCGAAAAGUUCAUCCAGCUCCAGCUCCUCAGCCUCAACCCCUAUUAGUUCGUUGUUGCCUUCGGCGCCAAGCAGUGUUUCGAGCACAACAAGUGCUGAUGCUGUAGCGGAGACUGCAGGGUCUGUUGGAGACUUGUCCGGUCUCAUGAGCCUCAACCUGGCAAUGGUGUACCUUGGCGAGUUUGUUGGUAACGCUCAGACGUAA